AUGCCUGCACGAUACUGGUUCCUAACUCUUCUUCUACUGCGAGAAGUCGCCGCCUCUUUCCUACGGGUUGAAUCCGGUCGCCAACGAGUACUGAUUGAUGAACGUGAUCCAUAUGUGGGUUUUUACACACAAAUAAAACUUCACGAGCCCACAUGUAUAAGUGCAGUCAGAAUCCACUGCCUGAAGCCACUCACCGGUGCAGAAGAAAUUGAUAUUUUAUAUUCUGAGUGCGACUACGAUCACUGGAAAGUUGCGCAUUACACGAAUACCAAGGAAACGUUCGUCUUGAAAGAUGAAGUCGUAGCGCGACAGCUGUCUAUUUCGAGUCCCUUCCUACUUUCAAUUGUCGACGUUCAGGUGGAGUCGUGUAGUCACAGAAACACAACACUCCCAGCUGACAGGUGUCUCCCAUCCAGGAUUCAUCCUAGACGUCACGGUCAACACAGAGCUUCUAUUCGGGCUAGCGAUUAUAGACGUCAAAGACGGAAACGCUCAAUCGAGUACGUUAUACCGGCCGUCUACCGCACCGAUGCGUCUCCGUAUGAGAUUCCCGUGGAUGUGGUGAUACCACACGAUCGGACGAUUGUCGUCCAGCCUGGGGUCACACUGCGAUUUGGCGACGAAGCCGGAUUUACCGUACAUGGUGUUCUUAUUGUGAACGGCACGAAAUCGGCACCGGUGAUCUUCGAGCCGCAUGGUGAUCAUUGGAAGGGCAUAGAAUUCAUUAACGGUAUGGAAUUAAUCGAUACACCGACAGCCAGAAAGUCGUUCCAAAUGACUUCAAUUAAUUUUGCUGUUUUCAAAGCCGUCCAGCCGUCGCAGUUCUCCUUUACGAACAUUAGUGGAAGCGUACUGGGCAUCACAGUACGAAGCGGGACCCCACCAUCGGUCGAUAACGUCAUGUCCAUGUCAAAUCAAUACGGGUUUGAUAUAAAAACCACGUCAAAUGUGCGUAUCACUAAGUCGUCUGCAUUAAACAAUGAAAAGACUGGUUUCCGGAUAUUAACCAAGGUAGUGGAUGAAUUGACCACGUGA